ACCGGACAAACGUCAAUAUGGUCAUAUUGUCAAUAGCACAGCAAUAGCUACUCACUCGUCGCGAUGUUUGUCUGUAUUUAGGUUUUAGGUAGAAUAAUAAACGUGCGUGUCUUUGUUGUGAUUUGUAUGGCUAUUUGGUGUUGAACCAGUUGGAACUUUGGUGUUCUUGAUGGUUUCCGGUGACGAUUUCAAUGGUGGUCGUUUACCGCGUAAAACUACUAGAUCUCCGAAUCGCAAAUCCAAAAAAGCUGAUGCAGAUGUAGCAAAAGGAUCAACGUUGCGAAAUGAUUCGCAACCUUCUGUCCAUAAAAGAAACCUCUACGUGGUUUCCUUCCCGAUUAUUAUUCUUUUUAAUUUGAUGCGAUCCAUUUUGUAUCAGUUAUUUAUUAUUUUCAAAUAUUUGUAUUCGGCAUCGCAUCGUUUCAUUCAUAGGCCUCGUAAAAGUGGUGAGUGUAACUUAGAAGUGGUGGUGAAAGACGGUGUGGUGUCGACAGAAAUCGCGCACGGAGAGGAAAUGCCGUACACAAAUAACGUGGGACCCGGCGACCCCUUGCUCGCCAAGCAGAAACAUCAUCAUCGCAAAGCUUUUGAAUACAUAUCGAAAGCUUUGAAGAUUGAUGAAGAGAAUGAAGGUCAGAAAGAGCUAGCCAUAGAACUUUAUAAAAAAGGAAUUUAUGAGUUGGAGCGAGGUAUAGCAGUGGACUGCUGGGGAGGUCGCGGAGAUGCCUGGCAAAGAGCCCAGAGACUGCACGACAAAAUGAAAACCAAUCUGGGCAUGGCAAAGGACCGUUUACAUUUCCUUGCCAACCUUGUCGCCCUCAGUAAGCUGGGGGUUGAGAGUGAGCCUGAGAGAAGUGAAAAAAAGCCUACGGAGUCGCCUCUUAAGGCAAGAAGGCUAGAGAAGUCCAAGACAACACUGCUAGCGCAUACAGAAAGUAACAGUGGUCAAACGAAGCCUCACAACGAAGUGGCCGGUCGUAAACUGACGACCGCCGGCAGAAGGACACAGAGCGGUAUGGGAGGGCCGUUAAUGAAGUCACAGACCCUCCCGCGUUCUAUGGGUCGGUCAUCUUCACAGCCCAACAGCAGUAAUGGGAGUUAUAGCCGAUAUCCAGCUAAGCCAGCAUCUACACCACCCGCGGUUAAGCGACAGCUCUCUAGCGCGUAUCAGGUCCCAGUAAACGGUUCGCCGGUCCGGCGCGCGGUGAGCGGCGGAUCCCAACGCGGCACGCCCACUAGAAGUAGAACCCCGCAGUCUUCGCUCUCCAUACGAGGUGUGGACCCGAAGCUGGUCCAGCUUAUACUGGACGAGAUUGUGGAGGGCGGGCCGAAGGUCCACUGGGACGAUAUUGCGGGACAAGAGGCAGCAAAGCAAGCGUUGCAAGAGAUGGUGGUAUUGCCAUCUUUGAGGCCGGAAUUAUUCACUGGACUGCGAUCACCCGCUAAAGGGUUAUUGUUAUUUGGACCUCCAGGAAAUGGUAAGACGUUAUUAGCGCGGUGCGUAGCGGCGGAAUGUUCGGCGACGUUCUUCUCCGUGUCGGCCGCGACUCUCACCAGCAAGUACGUUGGUGACGGAGAGAAAAUGGUUCGAGCUCUCUUUCAAGUAGCGAGAGAGUUGCAGCCAUCAAUAAUAUUCGUGGACGAGGUGGAUUCGUUACUCUGUGAGCGGUCUACCGGUGAACAUGAAGCGUCUCGGCGGUUGAAGACAGAAUUCCUGGUGGAGUUCGACGGUCUGCCCGCGGCGGGAGCGGACAGGCUUAUUGUGAUGGCCGCUACUAAUAGACCGCAGGAGCUGGAUGAAGCGGCUCUUAGGCGGUUCCCGAAGCGCGUGUACGUGUCGCUGCCGGACGCGGCGACGCGCGGCGCGCUGGUGCGGCGCGUGCUGGCGCGCGGCGCGGCGGCGGCGCAGCUCAGCGACGACGAGCUGGCCCGCCUCGCCGCGCGCACCGACGGCUACUCGGGCAGCGACCUCACCGCGCUGUGCCGCGACGCCGCGCUCGGGCCCAUCAGAGAACUAGAUCCAGAGGAAGUGAAACGCCUCGAUCUAUCGCUGGUCCGCAGCAUCAUGUACCAGGACUUCAUGGACGCGCUGAAGCGCAUCCGGCCGUCGGUGUCGCCGCACAGCCUCGCCGCGUACGAGAAGUGGUCCGUGCAGUAUGGGGAGCUCGGCGUUUGAGACGCUACGGGGUAUAUACAGGUACUAAAUUUAACAAGGAUGGUGAGUCUAUUUAACGAAUGUGCAUCGGAGAGCACGCGAAGAAGAUUGAUUGAAUUUAUUUUAUAAGUAAUUAUUAUUAUCGAUAUUCGAAGUUGUCGCUCAAAUUUUAUAAAUCCCCCAUGAUUCCAAUUGAUACAGUGUUUGUUUGACAUAUUAAUUUAAUUUAAUGUUAUAUUAUUUUACCGUUUUGUUGGUGAUUUUAAAGUAUUUCGAACUUGUCUAGUCAAGCGCUCAGGUAUGUAGUUAACAGUAUUCAGCCGGUAGUAAGGCCAUACUAACUCAACGUAGAGAAUAUUAGAAUAGAGGCAUGUCCAAUAAUUUUAUGAUAAUGUAACUCGGAUGAAUGAAAAAGUCGCUUUCGAUGUUGUAGAUGUAAAGAACGCUUACAUUUGUCACUCCUUUUUUAUUCAGUCGGGUUGCAUUGUGUUCCCGUCCACGGUCCAGUCAAAGGGAUAUUGUUGAAGAAUAUUGUUCUGAUAAACUGUUGCCGCUUUCAUCCUUUUGGCUCGCACGGACAUUGUUGUUUUAGUAUUUAAAAUUUCAUAUUUAUUUUAUGUAUAAUUUAAACGUCUUUUCUACUCACUAAUCUUCUAUCACUUUAAACAGAAUCUUGUUUUUCCUAUAAUCUACAGAGUACAAAAUAUAAUUAAAAAAAACAACUACAUAGUAUCGAUUUUAGGUCUGAUUCACAUACCUAAUUAAAGGCGUCUCGAAACUGUUAUGCGUCUCGCUCCAACUUAGGCGCAUUCCAUAGUGAAAGAACGAAAUAGCAUGCUUUAUUUUGGAUGCGCAGAUAACAUAGAACUUUAUGGUUUUCGUCACUUAUGUUAAGUUACGCACAAAACAAUGAUUGCACACUUUUUUAUAAAGAAUAUUUGUGGACGAAUAUUAGAAGCAAAUAUAAAUAUU